UAAUAAUUUGGUUAUACAUCCCUACUGCUCCUCCUGUGGAUCCGUUUGCAAAAAUCAGAGUGGAUGACUGUGGAAGAACCAAGGGAUGCUUCAGGUACGGUAAACCUGGAUGUAAUGCGGAGACGUGUGACUACUUUCUAAGUUACCGUCGAAUAGGAGCUGAUGUGGAAUUUGAGCUGAGUGCCGACACUGAUGGCUGGGUGGCAGUGGGAUUUUCCUCAGACAAGAAAAUGGGAGGAGAUGAUGUCAUGGCUUGUGUUCAUGAUGAUAACGGCAGGGUCCGAAUACACCACUUCUAUAAUGUCGGUCAGUGGGCUAAAGAAAUCCAGAGGAAUCCUGCUAGAGAUGAAGAAGGGGUUUUUGAAAACAAUCGUGUCACGUGUCGAUUCAAGCGUCCUGUAUAUGUUCCCCGAGAGGAAACCAUCGUAGAUCUGCACUUGAGUUGGUAUUACCUGUUUGCUUGGGGCCCAGCAAUCCAGGGUUCCAUAACUCGCCAUGAUAUAGACUCACCACCCGUAUCAGAGCGUGUUGUCAGUAUUUACAAGUAUGAAGAUAUUUUCAUGCCAUCAGCUGCCUAUCAGACCUUCUCUUCUCCAUUCUGCUUGCUCCUCAUUGUUGCACUGACCUUCUAUUUAUUGAUGGGAACCCCAUGACCAAUGGAAAAUAGCAAGAAUUUGUCAGUGGAAGUUUCUCAGGAUGGACUGCUAUACGGAUGGACGAUGCAUCUUUCUAUUGGAGUUUAUAUCACACCACCAUCCUCAUCUAGCUGCUUUUGAACAUAGUUAGCUUCUCAGAAGAAUGAAAUAACCAUCUCCUUUGAGUGGCAGAGUGGUGCCAAAUCAUUUAAGAAUAAUCAGUGAACACAUAGGAGAAUAUAUUCAGUGUUGUGAUUAUUUGCUUAAAGAAAAUGAGACUUUUGUAAAAUCUGUGUGUGUAUGCGUGUUUGGGAGGGGUGUCUGUGUGUGUGUUUAGGCAAAUUUAGUGAUGGACAUCUUAUCAAAUAACAAAAUUGCCUUCCAAUUUGCUUCGAAAAAGCAGAUUUGGGAAAACAUGGUAAUGCUGUUUGGUACUGCUGGAGCAGA